GCUUUCUAUUAUUUCUUUUCUUUUUAUAAAAUUAACCAUGGAAACAGGAAAAGAGGAUUUACAGCAAAUAACGAAAGAAUCUGAAAUACAGGAAAGUAAUAGCAACAAGCGUAGCAAUGAAUCUAUACAUACUGUUGAUUCGACAACAAAAAAACAACGAUCUUCACCUUUAAAUACUACUAGCUAUCAACCUGAACUGGAUUCUAUUGACAAUCAGCCGUCUACUAUCACAAAUACCCAACUAUCUGAAACUACAACCUCUACAUACACUGAUACCUCUAUUGAAUGCAACUCUAUAAGGUCUGGACAAGAUGCAAGUAUAUUAAAUACAACUCCAGGAAAUAAUAAUGCAAGUAUCAACGGUACGACAUCGACAAAAGAACCAAACAUUAAUGAAUCGACAGAAAUAAUAGAAGCAAAGGAACAAGUAUCAUCAGUUGUUGCCGAUUCGGUUGAGCAAGAAGAAGUAACAAAGCAAAUGGAGACAACAGGGACGAUUCAGACGACACAUUCACAGAUAACAACAUUAGCAACGGAUGGAGUUGAGUUGGGUGCAGCAGUUUCACUAACCAAACCGAUACAAAAUAUGGCGUCAAUAACUUCAACAGGACAAUCAUCAGAAUCCGCAACAACUACGCUAAAAUUGCCACCACUGAAACCACAAAACGACACCGAAAGUUUACGUGAUCCACGUUUUGUAAUCAUCGAUCGAUCAUCAGUAGUACGAUCACCUUUUUCCGACAAAUUCUUUAUCACCCGUGAUGCGUUUGAAACCUACUCAAGUGAUCGUUUCACUGCCAUUGUUGAUUCAAUUUUGAAAAAGAAUGCUCAUACGAUAGGAUCUUCUGGACUUUCAAAGAUCGACACAGCCUCACAUCCUCAGCAAAAGGUACAACAUGCAUCAUCGCCAACCUUAAUAUCAUCAUCAUCGUCAGUUAAAUCUAUUCCAGAUAAUGGAUCAACAGCUUCGAAUGGGAAUAUUCUAGAUUCAUUACUUGCUUCCAUUUCAAAAGGAGAUCGUGGAACGAAAAAAAUCAUCCCUCCAGUAGCGAUGCCUGAUCUUCAAACUGCAAUGCUGGCUGCCGAACAUGGACGGAAACCUUAGUUGGAUGAUCUUUUUAUAUAUAGUACUGUAUAGUUAAUAGUUUUUUUUUUUUUUUUUUUUUGAUUUUUGUCUUUUUGUUGUUGUUUUUU